CCCCGCCCCGCGCGAAGUGGCGGCGCCUGGCCUCGUACUUCCGGCCGCGGGAUCAGGCUGGGAGCGCCCCGAGCCGAGCAGCGGACCUGGGCACCGUGAGCCCCGCCGCCCGUUGGCCAUGGGAAGGGUCGGCUCGGGCCAGCAGCCCCGCAGGUGAGGACGGCUGGGCUCCGCGGAGCACGGACAUGGCGGCGCAGGGAGCGCUCUGGCCAUGAGACAUCCUUGUUGAAAGCUGAGGUCCAGCUCAGGGCCCCUCUGUGGGCGCUCUUCACGAGAGGCGCCGUCCCCGCUGGCCCCGAGCUGGGGUGCUGCGGCCUCCGCGGAUGGGGAGGUGGGCCCUGGACGUGGCCUUUGUGUGGAAGGCAGUGCUGACGCUGGGGCUGGUCCUGCUCUACUACUGCUUCUCCAUCGGCAUCACCUUCUACAACAAAUGGCUGACCAAGAGCUUCCACUUCCCCCUCUUCAUGACGAUGCUGCACCUGGCCGUGAUCUUCCUCUUCUCCGCCCUGUGCAGGGCGCUGGUUCAGUGCUCCAGCCACAGGGCCCGCGUGGUGCUCAGCUGGGCCGACUACCUCAGAAGAGUGGCUCCCACGGCCCUGGCGACGGCCCUCGACGUGGGCUUGUCCAACUGGAGCUUCCUCUACAUCACCGUCUCACUGUACACAAUGACCAAAUCGUCCGCUGUCCUCUUCAUCUUGAUCUUCUCUCUGAUCUUCAAGCUGGAGGAGCUGCGCGCAGCCCUGGUCCUGGUGGUCCUGCUCAUCGCCGGGGGCCUCUUCAUGUUCACCUACAAGUCCACACAGUUCAACGUGGAGGGCUUCGCCCUGGUGCUGGGCGCCUCGUUCAUCGGCGGCAUUCGCUGGACCCUCACGCAGAUGCUGCUGCAGAAGGCCGAGCUCGGCCUGCAGAACCCCAUCGACACCAUGUUCCACCUGCAGCCGCUCAUGUUCCUGGGGCUCUUCCCUCUCUUUGCCGUGUUUGAAGGUCUCCAUUUGUCCACAUCUGAGAAAAUCUUCCGUUUCCAGGACACAGGGCUGCUCCUGCGGGUACUUGGGAGCCUCUUGCUUGGCGGGAUUCUCGCCUUUGGUUUGGGUUUCUCUGAGUUCCUCCUGGUCUCCAGAACCUCCAGCCUCACCCUCUCCAUCGCUGGCAUCUUUAAGGAAGUCUGCACUCUGCUGCUGGCAGCUCACCUGCUGGGCGACCAGAUCAGCCUGGUGAACUGGCUGGGCUUCGCCCUCUGCCUCUCGGGGAUAUGCCUGCACGUGGCCCUCAAAGCGCUCCACUCCCCAGGUGACCCCGGCCCCAAGCCCCUGAAAGGGCUGGGCUCCAGCCCUGACCUGGAGCUGCUGCUGCGGAGCAGCCAGCAGGAGGACGACGACAACGAGGACGACGACUUGGUGGCGCAGGUGCGGCAGUGAGCCGGGCAGCGGCGCGGAAGCACAGCUGUGGGCCUGGGCCGCCCUCGGUGGCAGCUGGAAGCGUGGAUCAGGAGCCACGGGUGUGGCGAGGGGCCUGUGGCUCCCACCCUGCCCUCUGGAUUCAGUGGGAGGAGCGAGCAGACUGCCCUCAGCUGCUGGCUGGGCUCUGGCGACCAGGACCAUUCGGAGGCAUCACAGCUCUCCGAGGGGCGCGUGGGGGCUGGGGCCUCAUCACCUGGACGGCCUUUCUCGGAGCAGGUGUAUUUAUAGUUGGGAGAUCUGGCUUACGCUGCAGUGGCCACGUUGUGUGCCUGGAGGAGCGGCAUCAGGGAGAUACCGUGGGCCGGGCCUCUCCGCUCCCUCCCCGGCCAGAGGCCUUUGCCCAGUGCGGGUCACGAACCAGGCCUCCCCUGUGUCACAUGUUCGCGUGUGCGCCUCGGGGCCCUCCGUGGGCACCACCACGCCCGGCAAGCAGGAAGUGGGUGUCUGCUGAGCGCCGGACCUCGCAGUCCUGACGCGUUCUCAGCCUGGAUUUGAACCCUAGCUCUGUGACCUUAAGCAAAGCACCUGCCGCUCUGCCGUAGUUUUCACAUUUGUGAAAUGGGACAGUAAUGUCUCAGUCAUUCUGAAGAUUAAGGGAGUCAAUAUUGCUAACAGUUAUUUUUAAUUAUCUUUAUUUUAAAAAUCAUUUCAACAACCAAGGAACCAAGAUCCAAAAGGUUAAAAAAAAUAAAACUCCUUAAUGUGUAGUGGAGGAACCAGUGCUGUGGUGCAGUGGGUAAAGCGGCCACACACGGCGCCUGCAUCCCAUAUGGACACUGAUUGGGGUCCCAGCUGCUCCACUUCCGUUCCCACUUCCUGCCGAUGCACCUGGGAAAGCAGUGGAAAAUGGCCCAAGUGCUUGGGCACCUGCACCCAAGUGGGAGACCCGGAAGAAGCUCCUGGCUUCGAAUCAGCCCAGUUCUGGCUAUCUGGGGAGUGAACCAGUGGUUGGAACUUCUCUGUAACUGCCUUUCAAAUAAAUAAAUCUUUAAAAAAAAAAAAA